AUGCUCAGAUUAUCCUCAAACUCCUCAGAUUAUCCUCAGACUACUCCUCAAACUCCUCAGUCUAAUCCUCAGACUCCUCCUCAGAUUAUCCUCAAACUCCUCAGACUACUCCUCAAACUACUCCUCGGUCUAAUCUUCAGACUCCUCCUCAGAUUAUCCUCAAACUCCUCAGACUACUCCUCGGUCUAA